CCCAAGUAGUAAAAUUGGUAAAGUCCAGAAAAGCAAGAGUGAUAUCUCUCUAUCUAGGGUUUUGAGGUUUUCUUCACUAUAAAAUUGCACCAAAAUAGUAGACGCUGCGUUUCCUGCUCAACCCCUGAUUCCGCAGUUUAUUUAAUUAGAGGCUGCCCAUAACCCGAAGCAAGCAUGUCUGGAGAAGAGCCUGUUAUUGUGGAUACACCGGUGCCGGUUGCUGCUCCCACCCUUGGUGAGCCUAUGGAUAUCAUGACUGCCCUGCAACUUGUGCUCAAAAAGUCGUUGGCACAUGGUGGGCUUGUUCGCGGCCUUCAUGAGGCUGCGAAGGCAAUUGAGAAGCACGCUGCCCUUCUUUGUGUCUUGGCAGAGGACUGCGACCAACCCGAUUACAUUAAGUUGGUCAAAGCAUUGUGUUCCGACCACAAUGUCAACCUUAUCUCUGUUGCAAGUGCCAAGACCCUCGGUGAAUGGGCUGGUUUGUGCAAGAUUGAUUCCGAGGGCAAGGCCAGGAAAGUUGUCGGAGCUGCUUGUGUUGUCGUGAAGGAUUUUGGUGAGGAAAGUGAAGGGCUCAACAUUGUGCAGGAGUACGUGAAGUCGCACUGAAGCUCGUUGUCAAGUGAGUUGUUGAAGAUGAUUUAGGGGGUUUGGAUACAUAAGCUCUCUGAUAUUGUUUUCUUCCGGUUUGAUUGUUCCAGUUUGUUAGACUGAAAUCUGAGAACAUCUUAGUUGAGGCUUUUGUUUUAUUUGAUGAGAAUAUUCGAAGUUUUGCUAGCUAUUUUUUAUGCCAUGUUAUUCUUGAAUAAUACUGCAUUUAAUAAACAAGUAACAUCUCUUUUGUUA